CAUGGCCCGGAGAAGGCCUUGCUCUCAGGUGCGGUGGGAGUCGGAGGCUGGUGUCGCCGGCUGCAAUGCACUCCGCCCCGCCUUGGAGGAGGUGUCUUUUUUUUUGCCGGUAGGAGAUGCAGUUACCCGCCAGCUCCUUUUAAGCAGUGCUGGGUAAGGAGACCUGCGGCCUAGCUCAAACUGGAUGGAUAAAUGAAAUCCUGCACUGGAAUCUGAGAUAAAGAAGAUCAAGGAAUUACAGUGAAGAACUACAAGAAACUGAGGCAUCAUGGCAGAAGAUAGUGAAUGGAUGAAAUUACCGAUUGAUCAAAAAUGUGAACACAAGGUAUGGAAAGCCAGAUUAAAUGGAUAUGAAGAAGCACUGAAGCUGUUUGAGAAAAUAGAGGAUGAAAAGAGCCCUGAAUGGUCCAAAUACCUUGGACUUAUAAAGAAAUUUGUGACAGACUCAAAUGCAGUAGUUCAGCUAAAAGGAUUAGAAGCUGCACUUGCUUAUGUUGAAAAUGCUCAUGUAGCAGGAAAAACAACAGGUGAGGUGGUAUCUGGAGUUGUAAAUAAAGUGUUCAAUCAGCCUAAAGCUAAAGCAAAGGAACUAGGCAUAGAUAUAUGCCUCAUGUUUAUUGAAAUUGAGAAAGGGGAAAUAGUACAAGAAGAACUGCUUAAAGGCCUGGACAACAAGAACCCCAAGAUUAUAGUGGCAUGCAUAGAGACACUGAGGAAAGCACUAAGUGAAUUUGGUUCAAAAAUAAUCGCCCUGAAGCCAAUAAUCAAAAUGUUGCCAAAACUUUUUGAAUCUCGAGAGAAAGCUGUUCGAGAUGAAGCCAAACUCCUUGCAAUUGAGAUUUAUCGAUGGAUUAAGGAUGCUCUUAGGCCUCCAUUACAGAACAUAAAUUCUCUUCAGUUAAAAGAACUGGAAGAAGAAUGGGUCAAACUGCCAUCGUCUACUCCCAAGCAGUCCAGAUUUCUGCGAUCCCAGCAAGAAAUGAAAGCAAAGUUUGAGCAACAGCAGGCAGCUGGUGGAGAUGCAGAUGGAGGGGGUGAUGAUGGUGAUGAGGAUGUUCCACAAGUAGAUGCUUAUGAACUUUUGGAAGCUGUUGAAAUUCUCUCCAAACUUCCUAAGGAUUUCUAUGACAAAAUAGAGGCCAAAAAGUGGCAGGAAAGAAAAGAAGCUUUGGAAGCAGUAGAAGUGCUGGUUAAAAAUCCCAGAUUGGAAGCUGGAGAUUAUGCAGACUUGGUGAAAGCUCUUAAGAAGGUUAUUGGAAAGGAUACAAAUGUGAUGUUGGUUGCUUUGGCUGCCAAAUCCCUUGCUGGACUAGCCACUGGUCUCAGGAAGAAAUUUGGACAAUAUGCUGGUCAUGUUGUCCCAACUAUUCUGGAGAAGUUCAAAGAGAAAAAGCCUCAGGUUGUGCAAGCCUUGCAAGAAGCCAUUGAUGCUAUCUUUCUUACUACUACAUUGCAAAAUCUCAGUGAAGAUAUCUUGGCUGUAAUGGAUAACAAAAACCCAACAAUCAAGCAGCAGACGUCUCUUUUCAUUGCACGAAGCUUUCGUCACUGCACUCCUUCUACCCUUUCCAAAGGUCUCCUGAAACCAUUCUGCGCUGCUCUCCUCAAGCAUAUUAAUGAUUCGGCACCGGAGGUUAGAGAUGCUGCAUUUGAAGCCUUGGGCACUGCCCUAAAAGUGGCAGGUGAGAAAGCUGUGAAUCCUUUUCUAACAGAUGUGGACAAACUGAAACUAGACCGGAUUAGGGAGUCUGCUGAAAAAAUAGAGUUGGUUGGUGGAGGUAAAGUCAGUGGAGGAGCUGAUAGAAGAGAAAACAAAGCUGCGGCUGGCAAGACUCCAGUUCUUUCUGGAGCUGCAGGGGACAAGGAUAUGAAAGAUAACUCAGCUAAAUCUGGGCCACCGAAAAAGGCUCCUACUACUAAGGCUGGUGGUCCAGUGAAGAAAGGGAAACCAGCUUCAGCUGGUGGAGUAGGAAAUACUGGAACAAAAGCCAAAAAAGGAACUGAAGUAAAAGAGAUAUUUGAGCCAGAACUCUCAAUAGAGAUGUGUGAGGAGAAGGCUUCGGCUGUCCUCCCAGAAGUUUGCAUACAGCAGUUAGAUAGUGGCAAUUGGAAGGAAAGGCUGGCUUGCAUGGAAGAAUUUCAAAAGGCUGUUGAGUUGAUGGAUAAAACUGAAAUGCCUUGCCAGGCUCUAGUAAGAAUGUUGGCGAAGAAACCUGGAUGGAAAGAGACCAAUUUUCAGGUGAUGCAAAUAAAACUUCAUAUAGUUGCCUUGAUUGCUCAAAAGGGAACCUUUUCCAAAACAUCUGCACAAAUUGUCCUGGAUGGCCUUGUGGAUAAGAUUGGUGAUGUGAAAUGUGGUAGCAAUGCCAAAGAAGCACUAACAGCAAUAGCAGAAGCCUGUCAGCUGCCUUGGACUGCUGAGCAGGUUAUGUCCAUGGCGUUCUCCCAGAAGAAUCCAAAGAACCAAUCAGAAACUUUAAACUGGCUCUCAAAUGCCAUUAAAGAGUUUGGGUUUACUGGAUUGAACGUGAAAGCAUUUAUCAGCAAUGUUAGAACAGCUCUUGCCGCUACAAAUCCCGCUGUGAGGACAUCCGCCAUAACCUUACUAGGCGUCAUGUUUCUGUAUGUUGGUCCCCCUUUACGAAUGUUCUUUGAGGAUGAGAAGCCUGCUCUUCUUUCCCAAAUAGAUGCAGAGUUUGAAAAAAUGCAAGGACAAACACCAUCUGCUGCAACUCGAGGCAAUACAAGGCACAGUAUUGGCAAUGAUGAUGGUGAGGAAGGAGAAGAACAGGAGGAUUCAGGGAAUGAUGUUGUGGACCUCUUGCCUAGAGCUGAUAUCAGUGAUAAGAUCACAUCUGAGCUGAUAUCUAAGAUUGGUGAUAAAAACUGGAAAAUCCGAAAGGAGGGUCUGGAUGAAGUAACAAACAUCAUCAGUGAAGCCAAAUUCAUACAGCCAAAUAUAGGCGAACUUGCACCUGCCUUGAAGAGUCGUCUCAGUGAUUCCAAUAAAAUCCUGGUACAACAAACACUGACCAUCCUUCAGCAAUUGGCCACCGCUAUGGGCCCAAAUAUCAAGCAAUAUGUGAAAAAUUUGGGAAUUCCUAUCAUCACAAUUCUUGGAGAUAGUAAGAUCAAUGUACGGGCAGCAUCUUUAGCAACCGUGAAUGCCUGGACCGAACAGACAGGCAUGAAAGAGUGGUUGGAAGGGGAGGAUUUGUCAGAAGAAUUCAAGAAGGAGAACCCUUUUCUAAGGCAAGAGCUUUUAGGUUGGCUCGCUGACAAGUUGCCCACUCUCCGAACUGUCCCAUCAGACUUAGUUUUAUGUGUACCUCACCUGUACUCCUGCCUGGAGGAUCGAAACGGAGACGUCCGUAAAAAGGCACAGGAUGCUCUUCCAUUUUUUAUGAUGCAUCUGGGUUUUGAGAAGAUGGCCAAAUCCACUGGUAAAUUGAAGCCAACUUCGAAAGAUCAAGUACUGGCCAUGCUUGAAAAAGCUAAAGCCAAUAUGCCUGCCAAACCUGCUCCAUCAAGUAAGACAUCUAGAGCAAUGGGAGCAGCUCCAGCCAAAUCUCAAGCUGCAUCAGGUUCCAAUGAAGAUUAUUUAUCUAACACAGUGGAGACUAAACCUGAUGCCAAAAAAGCCAAAACUGGAGGAAGCGCUCCUAAAACCAAGCAUUCUGAUGCAAAUUCAGGCCUCACCAAAGGCAAUAAUAAUCUGACAAAGAACAAAGUUAUCAAACAGGGUAUACAAGGGAAAAAGGUUCCAAGCAAGUCCAACUUGAAAGAUGAUGAUGACAGGUCUGGCCCAGUUUUUAUUUUAGUCCCAAAUGGAAAAGAGCAAAGAAUGAAAGAUGAGAAAGGAUUAAAGAUUUUGAAAUGGAACUUUACUACUCCUCGUGAUGAAUAUAUUGAGCAAUUGAAGACUCAGAUGUCUAGCUGUGUUGCCAAGUGGUUACAAGAUGAAAUGUUUCAUGCAGAUUUUCAACGCCACAACAGAGCUCUUAGUGUAAUGGUUGAGCACUUGGAGAGUGAAAAAGAUGGAGUUAUCAGCUGUUUAGAUCUGAUUCUGAAGUGGAUCACUCUGAGGUUCUUUGACACCAACACAAGUGUUCUGAUGAAAACUCUGGAGUAUCUUAAGUUGCUGUUCAUCGUAUUGAACCAAGAAGAAUACCACCUGACUGAAAACGAAGCCACUUCUUUCAUUCCCUAUCUUAUCUUGAAGGUUGGGGAAUCCAAAGAUGUUAUUCGAAGGGAUGUGCGUGCCAUUCUGAACAGGAUGUGCCUUGUCUAUCCAGCCAGCAAGAUGUUCACAUUUAUCAUGGAUGGGACAAAAUCAAAAAAUUCAAAACAGCGGGCAGAGUGCUUGGAAGAGCUGGGAUGUCUAGUUGAAUCAUAUGGUAUGAAUGUGUGUCAGCCAACUCCAGGCAAAGCCUUAAAGGAAAUUGCAAUUCACAUUGGUGACAGGGACAACACAGUCAGAAAUGCUGCACUUAAUACCAUUGUUACUGUUUACAAUGUGCAUGGGGACCAGGUGUUCAAGCUGAUUGGAAAUCUUUCUGAGAAGGACAUGAGUAUGUUGGAGGAACGAAUAAAACGGUCAGCUAAGAAGCCCAAUACUGCUUUAUCAAGGCAGGUAGAUGAAAAACCCCAGCGCAUACAAAAUGCCAAUGCCAGUGCAAACAUGCUGCGGAAGGGAGCAGCUGAAGACAUGUCUUCCAAACUCAAAAUUAUGUAUCGCACUUAUAGGAUCCAAGCCCGUAAUUUGAGUGGCCAUUCAGAGGCAAUGCAUACAGUUCCUCGGGAAUUUCAGCUGGAUCUGGAUGAAAUAGAAAAUGAUAAUGGCACAGUGCGAUGUGAAAUGCCAGCACUUGUUCAGCACAAACUGGAUGACAUCUUUGAGCCAGUCUCGAUUCCUGAACCUAAGAUCCGUGCUGUCUCCCCACACUUCGAUGACAUGCACAGCAAUACCGCUUCUACUAUCAACUUUGUUAUCUCCCAGGUAGCCAGCGGGGAUAUCAAUACUAGUAUCCAAGCUCUUGCACAGAUUGAUGAGGUUCUGAGACAAGAGGAUAAAGCUGAAGCAAUGUCUGGCCACAUUGACCAGUUCUUAAUAGCUACAUUCAUGCAGCUCCGACUCAUUUAUAAUACUCAUAUGGCUGAUGAGAAACUGGACAAGGAGGAGAUUGUCAAGUUGUACAGUUGCAUCAUUGGAAACAUGAUUUCGUUAUUCCAGAUUGAAAGCUUGGCAAGGGAGGCUUCCGCAGGAGUGUUGAAGGAUUUGAUGCAUGGCCUCAUUACCUUAAUGCUGGAUUCAAGAGUUGAAGAUCUAGAAGAAGGCCAGCAGGUUAUCAGAUCUGUCAACCUCUUGGUGGUAAAAGUUCUAGAAAAAUCUGACCAAACCAACAUAUUAAGUGCCCUGCUUGUUCUACUCCAGGACAGUCUAUUAGCCACUGCUAGUUCUCCAAAGUUCUCAGAACUUGUAAUGAAAUGCUUAUGGAGAAUGGUAAGACUUCUCCCUGAAACUAUCAACAGUAUCAACCUGGACCGAAUAAUGUUGGACAUUCACAUCUUUAUGAAAGUGUUUCCAAAAGAGAAAUUAAAGCAGUGUAAAAGUGAAUUCCCAAUACGGACUCUGAAGACCUUGAUUCAUACAUUAUGCAAACUGAAGGGAGCCAAGAUUUUGGAUCAUUUAACAAUGAUAGAUAACAAGAAUGAGUCUGAAUUGGAGGCUCAUCUAUGUAGAAUGAUGAAACACUCCCUGGACCAAACUGGAAGCAAAUCUGAUAAAGGCACAGAAAAAGGUGCUUCACGUACUGAUGAAAAGUCACCAAAGGCCAAAGUAAAUGAUAUUUUAGCAGAGAUAUUUAAAAAAAUUGGCUCUAAAGAAAACACUAAAGAGGGUCUGGCAGAGCUGUAUGAAUAUAAAAAGAAAUAUUCUGAUGCAGAUAUUGAGCCCUUCCUAAAAAACUCCUCACAGUUCUUCCAGAGCUAUGUAGAACGAGGUCUCCGGCUGAUUGAAAUGGAAAGGGAAGGCAAAGGGCGGAUUUCUUCCACAGGAGUUUCUCCACAGAUGGAGGUAUCAUGUAUUCCCACUCCCACCAAUGUAGUUUCUUCUGCUAUCGGAAAUUCAAAUGGGGAAGAGGUGGGGCCAUCUGUCUAUUUGGAAAGAUUAAAAAUCCUCAGGCAGCGAUGUGGCCUUGACAAUGCAAAGCAAGAAGACAGAGCAUCACUGGCCACCACACUGUCCAAGCCAUCAGCCCCCACUGUUGCAUCCUCUACAGAUAUGCUCCAUAGUAAGCUUUCCCAGCUUCGUGAAUCACGGGAACAAUACCAGCACAUUGAUCUGGACUCCAAUCAGACCCAUGCUGGCAUUGGAAGUACCACUUCCUCUUCUACAGCCUCCAAUAUUGAUGACUUGAAAAAAAGACUGGAGAGAAUAAAAAGCAGUCGCAAGUGAAAUUGCGUGAGACGGUUUGGCUAUUGCAGAGCUGUCCAUCUUUAGUUGACUAAAUUAGAAGUCUUCAUAGUUAAGUGGCCUCAUGCAGGCCUUAUGUAUACAAACUGGUUUCUGUGUAUAAUACAGCAGAUCUUGGAGGAGGAUCCAAGUCAAUGUGGCACAAAUCUUUGUAUAUAUUUUGCUUUUUUGUGAGCAUUUCUUGACCGUAGAAGAGAGUCUGUGUAUUAGUUUUCGUGUACAGAGCUGUAAACAAUUCUCCUGCUCAGUCCAGUUUCUCAAAACUUGGUUUUAUUUGUUAAGUUGUCUUAUCUUAGCUCUCUUAAAUCUUGGAAACUUUUCGUUGCAUUCAUUUUUAAUUUUGUGAAUUAUUUCUCCAUAUAAUCCUUGAACUGUUUCUGUAUGGACGCAUGGCAUGAAGCAAGUAAUUUAAGUGUCUUUUUGUAAAUAAAGUUUGCAUUAACUCUCUGUGGGAGCAGCAGUGACUGUUGGUGGCAAAUGUUCAACCAUGUUCCUAAUUGCUAUUGUGACUCUGCAUUUUAAUUGUUAAAUGAGUGUGUGUCUGAGUCACUAUAGCAAAUUAACUUUAAUUGGGAAAACAAGGAGAAGCUGAGAUACUAAUGUACCAAUGUGUUCCAGAUAAAGGAAACUUUUAAUGUUAAUAAUAAUAUUGUGCUUACAGAAAACUCUUGACCCAAAGCCAGAACGUUUUACAUCUCAGACAAUAUCUUCCAAAUCUUUUCCUAGAAUCUUAAUUGAGGACUGGUUUUAAACCUUUUUGAACAUUCAAUUUCCUCAAGAUAGUGGAAGUAUUCUGUAGUUAAGAUGAGUAAAUAAUCUUGGUUUUUCUUAAUGUUACUCUAAUCAUGGUGAAUCCAUUUUCUCUUUCUAUCCCAGAAGCUGCUAGCACGUUUGUGUUAAAUGUAUUACCAGCAAUUGCUAAUAAUGACAGAUCUUUGGGACUCUACUUCCAAAAUGAUAGUGCUUUGAAAUGAAUGGUUAUUGUGACCAUUAAAGGUGAUACUAUUUGUUACAUUAUCCACUUCAGAGCAUAAUUGUUAGAAUUGUUAAUUCUCUGGCUGAUUUGCAUCUCUUUUAUUCAUGAUUGCCUCAUAAGAUCUCAUCCUUCAGAAUUUCUGUAGUCUUCUUAGCACUUCCCAUGUUCCUAUUAUAUGUCUUGUGUCAUUCUUCCUGGAGCAUCAACUGCUUUUAUGUCUGACACAGAUUUCAUUUACAUCUUUAUGCCUGUUAAGCUUUGGGUGAUAGCUCUGGUGCUAUACAGUAGUUCUAUAUUGCAACCAAUCAAGCUUGGUAAUAAUCUGUAAAAAUAUAAUUGGUCACUAGGUGCAUAUAUAAUAUGUAAUCUGGUGGAAAUUUGGUGUAACAAGCAUAUUUAUCCGUAAUAUGUACAUUUUCCUACUUAGAAGAUUGGCUAUACUUGCCGUUAAACCUAUUCUAAUUUGCAGUCUUUUCAGCUGAAACUUUACUUCAUAAAGAAUUACUUGCCUUAGCUAGGAAUAUUAAAGAAUGAAUCAGCACCUAACCAAGUGGGUAAAUGUUUUGUGUUUAAAAACCACAAUAAUAACUUACUAGCACUAUGAUGGGCCUUGAAAUGGUGCCAAAAAUAUAUGUAUUUUGCUAACAUAUAGUUUUCUUCUGGUACAUUAUUAGAAAUAGUAACAAAUUCCUAAUUUUUCAAUAAUACACAAGAGUUCACUUCUCUCAUAUAAUCUGGAGAUAAACAUUGGAUUAUAAUAUUUAGUGAGUAUUAGAAAUAAUAUUUGGAAGUGAAGUCUCUGAGCUAAAAUAUAUUAGCUAUGUUGUCUAACAAUAUACUUUGCUUUUUUCCUUUUCUCCUUGCAGUGUGUGGCUUUUAUCAUUUUGAUAAUACAUUUUAAUAUUGAUUUCCAAAAUUCCCUCUAGUAUUUAAACCAUUUUUAGCUUUAACUUAGAACUAAUGGAAAUGUUUCUACAGUACAUUUGAAUAAAUGUUACCUUUUAUUAUUAAUUUCUCUGUACUUCCUGAAUCUUGAUGAUAUAACUACUCAGUGGAGUAACUAUGAAAUCUUUUCUAGGAAAGAGAGAAUUCUUUUGCCAGUGGUUCAGAGGAUGACAUUUUCUCAAUUACUAUAUAGAGAACAUUUUUAUUGGUAUCAACUUUAAUGGAUGCUUAUGUAAUAUAUUCAAUUUCCUCUUCUGUCUUUAUAGAACUUCACUUAGUAAGUGGAGAAAUGUUUGCUGCUAUAUUAAAAGUGACUGACAGCUCUAAAAAUAG